CUUACUGGCACGCAUACUAAUACCAGUAGUACUACAGGCUAGGAAUCAAACGACACGGACAAACCUGGACGCGAACUGUUGUAUGAGAUUCUCUCUGACGAAAGCCAAGAAAGGAAAACCAUGCACGGCAGUAUGGUGCAGCGACCGUAUGGAAUUGGAACUAGAACCCAUGUAAAUGAUGGAUGUGAAAAGUAUCAAUAGGUUUAGACACAGCAGUCGGAUAAGCACCAUAGGCGACACGAACAGCAACAACAUCGAUAAUUGCCGAAACGAGAGACAACCAGGAAAUCACAAGUGUGACAGCAGAAUAGCUGCGAAGAGAAACCAUUCGAGUUCGUCGUUUCCGAUGACUCGAAAGAUCGGCUUGGGGUUUUUCGCAAUUAUCAUUGCGUAUCUGUAUCUGUUCAAGGUGUCGAUCGAGAAUUUCGGUGCUGGAGAAGACAAAACAAGCACCRAAGUGCCCCACGKAGUUUUACCACCAACCGAAAGCGUUGGGGUCGGCAGACCCGUACGCAAGGAACAAUUGGUGCCGAGUGGAGGACCCAGCACUAAUAGCCACAACUCGCUGGCGAAGCUUCGGCCGAUCGACCGUGAACAAUACACGGUUCGAAUAAAUACCUGGCGUCGACCCGAGCAAUUGAUCGAAUCCGUCAGGCACCACGCAUCGUGCCCUGGAGCCAAACAAAUCCAGAUCGUUUGGUGCGAUAAGGAAAACGAUCCACCAAGAGAACUCGUGGAUAUGACCAGAGAUGAAGACGAGCAAAGUGACGKUUCAUCGGACAGAUCGGUUGCCGCGAAAGUGGUUAUCGAACACCACGAAGAAAAUUCAUUAAACGAACGGUUUAACGUUCUGAUUGAGACGCCGACGCUGGGCAUUUUAAGCAUCGAUGACGACGUUCUCCGUCCCUGCGACGCGAUCGAUUCGGGAUUUUUCAAGUGGGUCCGGUCGCCGCAUCGCAUGGUCGGAUUCGAUGCCAGAACCCACGUCGAGAACGAUGACGGAUCCUGGAAGUACGGGUACCUAAGCACCACAAAGAAAGAAAACAGGUACAGCCUAUCCUUGACCCGGUACUGCUUCUUACAUAAAGAUUACAUGGCUCGAUACACUAAGGGAUUGCCGCAAACAAUUCUCGAUACCGUGGCAAAGAAUUUCAAUUGCGAAGACAUUGCCAUGAGCUUUAUGGUUUCUUCCCAAACGCGAGGGCAACCACCCCUGCUGGCAGAUUUGUGGGCGAUCAAGAGCCAGAUAAAACUCGAUGUGCCGAGUGGAAUUAGCGGGACAAACACGCACAAAGAACUCCGGGACGAAUGUGUCGACACUUUUGCGGCGUAUUUUGGACUGAAAGAGAACAACGGCGGUGACAACCACCGAAUGCAAAAGGCGGCGUGGAUUCAUAAAACAAAAAAAACAUGGGGGUUUGCGUGUGGCGCCGAGGAAGACGACGAGAGUGACUCUACGUAUCCAAAGAGCGAAAGAGAAACAWCCCUCGAGCGAACAUGGGAAAGGAUGCGCCACGCGGGAAAACAAGAGGAUCUCAACAGAUACCUCGUAAAACUAGUGUAYGAAGCAGGCGAAGAAGCAAGGGCGAAAGGGCUCCUCGCCAAAAAAAAAUGAAACAAAAUCACGGAAUCAUAAACUGCAACACUCCAA